AUGCCUCACCGAGUCCCAAGAUUGCCUGGAGCCAAACGCUCCGAGGUCUUUUGCAUGGGUGCCGCCGGUGUUGGCGUACUCACUCCUCUCUAUCUCGUCAUGCCAGGCGCCGAGGAAAGACUGGCUCGCCAAACUGCUAAAUGGGCACCAAGAUGGGAACGCAACAUCACCUAUUUUACACCUCGCGUCGAACGUGCUGUCCAGCGUAUUGAGCCUCCUGUCUCAAGAGCUAUUCAGCGAGUUGACAACCGCCUGCCUCUUGAGAAGAUGGCCAAGAAGGUCGACUCGAGUAUUCGAAGUGGUAUUUCCAGAUUUGGCGGACCAAAGGAAUAUACCAAUCUCCAUGGCUACAAGGGCGACGCAAUUACCAGACUGGUCCGCGGGGUAAUUAUACAUCAAACAAAAAUGCCUUUCAAGUCUUCAUUUUCGGAUUUGGACAUUCCCCAAACCGAUUUAUUGUCCUAUUUAUUUGGAAAGUGUAAUUUAUCAGACGAGCCGCUCUGGUUCAACAGCAGGCAGCCUGAAAAGAAUUUGUCCCCAAAGGGUGCUUUACAAUGGGUUAAGAGACUCGGCGUAGGGCUUUCCCAGCUAGGUAUAAACAAGGGAGACGUUGUUCUUAUCUUUACUCCAAACCAUAUUUUCGUCCCCGUCGCAUAUCUCGGCAUUGUUGGGUCCGGAUACGUGUUCAGUGGUGCUAACCCGUCAUAUACUACCCAAGAGCUAGCUCACCAGCUUUCCAACUCGACGGCGAAGGUAGUAUUAGCACAUCCAGCAGUCCUCGACCGGGCCAUAGCGGCUUGUGAUAUGGUCGGCGUGCAGAAAGAUAGGAUUUACCAGUUCUCUGACGAAGUGGCGCCAGCACGUAAUGGCAUCGAGGACUGGACUUUUCAGGAACAACAGGGCUCCCAAAGGGGGUUGGGAAACCCCGUCUACGUUAUGACGGAGUUUAACUUUGAACGGUUUCUCGAUGCCAUCAGCCGAUAUAAGAUUACUACUUUACAGGUGGCUCCGCCUGUGUUGGUCAUGUUGUCAAAGCGCCCUGAAACUUCCAAAUACGAUCUGUCGAGUGUCCAAGAAAUUCGAUGUGGCGCUGCGCCACUGUCCCGAGAACUCCAGAGCGAUUGCCGGAAGAAGUUGGGAAUUCCCAUCCGACAGGGUUGGGGCAUGACUGAGCUAACCUGCGCAAGUAUCGUACUACCUUCACGUUCGGAUGAUGUCAUGGGCACGGUAGGCAACCUCAUGCCCAACUCCCAGUGCAAACUUCUUGAUGACGAGGGUCAAGAGGUUGGAAUUGAUACCCCGGGGGAAUUGUGCAUCAAAGGACCCAACGUAUGCCUGGGGUACUGGCGGAACGAAAAGGCAACACGAGAGACCAUCCAGGAUGGCUGGCUCAAGACCGGAGAUGUUGCAAUCCGUAACAAGGAUGGUUUCUUCUGGAUCGUGGAUCGCAAAAAGGUCAACGGUCUUCAAGUAGCCCCUGCGGAACUUGAAGCUGUCCUCUUGGAGAACGAGCAUGUGGCAGAUGCUGCAGUAGUAGGAAUCACAAUACAUGGUAAUGAGUUGCCUCGCGCAUAUGUAGUCCUUCAACCACAAUCCAGAGAAAAGCUUCAGCCGGUCGACAUAGAGAAAUGGAUAACUUCUCGGGUGGCCAAGCAUAAGCGACUCGGGGGUGGCGUGGUUUUUAUUGAUGAAGUUCCGAAGUUAGCGAGCGGCAAGAUACAGAGAAAGGUGAUGAGGGAGUGGGCUAAAAGAGACGCUGCUGAUAUUGAGAAGAGGGGUGAAGGCAAACUGGCGGCGAAGCUGUAA